CGAUCAUUGGCAUCGCCACGGAAUACUUCUCGGCGCGAGUUGGCCUUCGUCCAAGUGUUCUCGCAUAAUUUACCAACGAAUCACAGUUUCAGAAUCUCUCCCACGUAUAACCGCAUGGAUGCUUGGGGAGGUGGUACCUCGGAUCUGGGCGGCUUGUCCGGGUGUUGGGUUGGAACUGCACUAGCGGGGAGUCCGUUUACGCAUUGCGGCUUGUGUGCGGAGCUCGCCCGUCAUCGGGAAUCUGCGCGUUCUCGCCCUUUUCUAAUGCUUGAUAUAAGUAGCACAGGCGUCAAUCUACAUGGCUGUCAGAGUUGCUGUCGUCUGUGACCAAGAAGGAAUGGAUAAGCGAAAGAAAAAUGUACUACUCAACAGUCUUCGCAUCAUGCACCUCCCCAGCCUAGAAAAGACGUCAUCACCAGACACCACUCAUCGACAAAAAAAACACCCUCAAACUCACGACCUCUGCAGCAAUGCCAGCGACUUCUCCCCAUCCGAUUCCAAAAAGUGCCAUUCUCGUUCGGCCGUUGACCCUAACCCUCCACUAAAGAUUGUUAGAUGUCACGAAUUUGAAACAGUAGCUCCAACAUUCUACGUGUUCGGAGCGCGGCGCCAAUUACCUACAUGAGGGAGAGCGAAUGUCCAAAGUGCCCUUACAAAAAGCAAAUCUUGUCUUCGUCGUCCGAAUGAAUCAGAACUAAGACUUCAGAUGGUGGCACGAAGGUGGUGACAAGGGGAACACCAGUCAACUAUGGAGGGCGCGCGGCAAGAAAUGAUUCACUAAUCAACAAUUGCUUCGACGGAAUGAUCGGGUAUGAGGAAAGCUUUGUGUCUCCUAAGCAUACGAGAGGGUUGGGGGAAACAGGUGGGUGGGACGAGA